UGAUGUUGUUUACUUCCGGAUCAUUCGGUCGUCGGUUUGUGGUGGUGGUGGGUCAUGUUUUUACGUUUGUGAUAUAUUUUUGAGUGCGACCAAGCGACAUUCACGGGUAUUGAUCGUUUCUUCAGCUGCGGUGUCAUAUCAGGAUAUUUAUCACCACAAUGACUGAGGAUGUCCAGAAGCACUCAGUCCACACUCUGGUCUUCAGAUCCCUCAAAAGGACCCAUGAUAUGUUUGUGUCCGACCAUGCGAAAUCCAUUGCACUGGACGAUGAAAGCCACAAGGUGAAGAUGGAUGUGAAACUGAAAGCAGAGUAUGGUGCAGUGUUACACAUGCCUGUCCUAAAGGAAGGGAAAGACAGAGUCUCACAUCUUCCAGGCAGCAUGCAAGGCCACCAGAGCUACACACAACCAGAUGACCCAGAAUAUCUGAUCACCGGGACACAUGCUUACCCCUCUGGCCCUGGAGUGGCUUUGACUGCUGACACAAAGAUGCACAGGAAUCCCAGUGAGGGAGGAGUUCAUUCCAUGGCGUUGGCUUUGCCUCCCUCACAAGCCAGGCAGGACGUGAGCCGGACCGCAGCCAGUGUCAGUGACAUCCAUCGACACGCAGGAGGAGCAGAGAGAUCUCACCCUCACUCAACUGCCGUGUCACUCAUGGAAGGGGGUGGCACCAGAAAUUCUGCGCUCAUGAGGAAAGCAUCAACCAUGCCCAAACCUCAGUGGCAUCCACCAUGGAAACUGUUUCGGGUCAUCAGUGGUCACCUUGGCUGGGUGAGGUCCAUUGCUGUGGAGCCGGGGAAUCAGUGGUUUGUCACAGGGUCUGCUGAUAGAACCAUAAAGAUCUGGGACCUGGCCAGCGGGAAGCUAAAACUUUCUCUGACCGGACACAUCAGUACAGUGCGUGGUGUGGCAGUCAGUAGCCGAAGCCCCUACCUGUUCUCCUGCGGUGAGGAUAAGCAGGUCAAAUGUUGGGACCUGGAGUACAACAAGGUCAUCAGGCACUACCACGGACACCUGAGUGCUGUGUAUGACUUGGAUCUUCAUCCAACCAUUGAUGUGUUGGUGACAUGCAGCAGGGAUGCCACAGCAAGGGUGUGGGACAUCAGGACAAAAGCUAACGUGCACACACUGACCGGCCACACCAACACUGUGGCCACAGUGAGAUGCCAAUCUGCAGAGCCACAAGUCAUUACCGGAAGCCACGAUUCAACAAUCAGACUGUGGGAUUUGAUUGCCGGGAAAACCAGAGCCACGCUGACCAAUCACAAGAAGUCUGUCCGAACUCUGGUUCUGCACCCCAGACAAUACACAUUUGCUUCUGGUUCUGCUGACAACAUCAAGCAGUGGAUGUUCCCAGAUGGCAACUUCAUCCAGAACCUUUCAGGCCACAAUGCUAUCAUCAACACUCUGGCUGUUAACUCUGACGGCGUGUUGGUGUCAGGAGCCGACAAUGGAACCAUCCACAUGUGGGAUUGGAGGACAGGCUACAACUUCCAGAGGAUUCAUGCAGCUGUCCAGCCUGGAUCUCUGGACAGUGAGUCUGGCAUCUUUGCCUGCCUGUUCGACCACUCAGAAAGCAGGUUGAUCACCGCUGAGGCUGACAAGACCAUCAAAGUAUACAAAGAGGACGACACCGCUACGGAAGAAAGCCAUCCGAUCAACUGGAAACCAGAAAUCCUCAAGAGAAAAAGAUACUAAUGAUUUUUUUUAUUUGCUCUUCUUGUCACAGCAACAAGAAUUUUAUUUCUACCAAACCACCUGUUGUAGAUACACCCAUCAAGUUUUGCUCGUUAGUGCUUUUUCAUUAGGCAGAUUUCUUUAUAACGAAUGUGUCUUUGAGGUGACCACAUUUAAAAAAAAAAAAAAAAAAACACAACAAAAUUUCAAUUUGUCUGCUUUACACUAAAAACCACUUGCAGCCUUCAUUAUAUGCUGUUAGUCCAACGAGGUGGCCA